UAGAAAUAAUGUUUAUCAGCGAUGGAAAGGUUAUUAUUGUGAAUUAGUGUUGAAUUUCGUGUGUAAAUGUCAGUCUGAACGCUAUAUGUUUUGAAGAUUAUUCUCACAUAAUAGUUUUAUUAUUAGCAUGGAUAUUUUUUUAUAUUUUGUGUUGCUUGUGUUCUGUUAUUAUGAAAAAAGUAGAAAGGCGUUGGGAAUUUUAUCAACUUUUCUACAUUAUUUCGUUUUAGUUCUGAUUCUCUAGCUUCAUAUUUUUCUAUAAUAUGUUUUUACACUAAUAUUUCUUUUAGAGCAUUUGAUGACAGCAAAAAUGCUUCCUCUAAUCUUUUUUAAAUAUAUAGUUAGUCAAAAGUAUAAUUGAUUACUUUGAUCAACACGCUUUUGGUGGUCGAUGAUUCUUUGUUUUAGUAUUUAUACAUACAUAAAGUUUCAGAAGAGACACUGUUGUACUACAAGUCAUUUUUGUUGAUGCGCACAACGAAAAAAGAUAUUAUGGAGGAGAGCGAGUGCACUUCUUUUCAGUAUGAUUUUGAUGACAAUAUCGCGUUGUCAGUGGUUUUUGGAUUGUGUUUCGUUAUUGGUUUGGUGAUGAUGUUUACGGGAUAUAGAAUAUUCCGAGUGUCGCUUUUUAUUCAAGUAUUUUCGCUAAUUUCGCUUAUGGCUUUCAUGAUCCUGCAAGAAGCAUCAGGACUAUCAGUAUUAAUUAACAGUAUAAUCGCUGCUUGUUGUGGAAUCGGGCUGGGCUUAAUCGGAGCGUUUGUGAAAAUCAUUGGUCUGUUAUUCUGCAGCAUGAAUCAAAGUAUUUUUCUCACUUCGUGUGUAUUAUACGUUGUGAAUGUCUUCUUGAAGAUCGAGAACGUUUUUAUUGCACCUGCGAUUGUGCUGUUUUCUUUCAUGCUUCUGUUGAUUCCAGUGUUAAAGUUUGAAAGGUCUACAUCUGUCGUCUACUUUACGAGUUUCGGCGUCAUUCUGAUCAUGUUGGCGAUCGACUUCUACUUGGACUUGUCCAUGCUAAGAAGGACAGCGUGUGAGAACAUGUUAAACCGGGAAAAAGUGACGGUGCCGUGUUGGUUUUCGUGGUCAUUGCUUGGUUUGUGGCCAAUCUUGUUGUUUUUAGGCGUGGUGGUGCAAUUUUUGAAAACUGCAAGCGGUUAUAAUCAUAAAACAGCUAAAAGCUGGUUCGCAAACGACGCCAACCCAAAAGUUCGACUGCUUUCUAACAAGAGUGAUGUAAUUGCCAAGGCGUGGGUUCAGAAUACUACCUUAUCACACGAACGGCGUCCACCCACUGGUAGCCUGGCAUCUGAUGAUGAGGUGUUUCUGGUGGAGGCUACAACUCCUGUGUAGAGGCUGUUGUUUUUUUUGUUACCUAUGGUAACGGCUUAAGUGGAUGCUAAAAUAUGUCCAGCAUGGAGAUUUUUUUAUUAGGAAAAAGGAAAAUUUAUAACUUUUUGUUUGACAAUAGAGGGAAGUUCGAGUUUUUUUCUCGUGUUUUUGGUUACUCUGGUUACUAAACAAUGUGAUAUUUUAACUUGUAACAGUAAAACAUUCGACAAAAUUACGUUCGUAAAAAUGAAAAGAGAACUAUGAUACUAUUUAUUAAAUUUUUGUGAGGUUCAGUUUGGAUGUUAAAUAAUUUUAAACGGGAAUUUUUUAAAAUUUAUAGAACCUGUUUCCUGUGUUAUACGUUAAAACGCUUUCCAGUAAGAACCAUGUUCUUCAUUUCUUUUAUAUUUUACGAGUUAGCUGUUCCUAUAGUUACGGUCUCGUGUCUCUUACAUUUUCGUUCUUUAAAAAAAGGGUGGUCAAAUGGCCCCAUUAUAAAACUUAAUAUUUUACACUUUAUCAACCUUUCAUUCACAAAAUUAUUGGAAUGUUGUUCUAAACAUUUCUCUAGUGGCUGUUUCGUCUCACUAUUCGUUUUAAAUAAAAUCUGAGAAACGUGUUCACGCUGAUGAGAACGAUAACUCUCUGAACAUAGAACGAAUUUCAUAUUGGUGUUUUUUACGCCGUUUGUAUGUUUGUAUAUGUGAAUCCGUAGGUAAUAUAAUAUUUAUUAGUUCAUAAUAUAUAAAAAGAUUAAGUUCCUAGUGGUGUAAAAUAUAUUUAUGAAAUCUUGAA